AUGGAGCCUUUUUCCUUUGCCAGCUCCGAAGCACUCGAUAUCCCGGUCAAUAUCAGAAUUAUCAGCCUUGACGGGGAGCAGACCGAAACUCCCUUCUCUACUCUGAUCCAGAAUCCCGAUUUGAGACACAUCGGAUCGAAUUUGAGCCCUCACUCGGACCUCUACGUCACAGUCCAGCUUUGGGCAGAUUCCAAGCCGUUGACCGUACCUGUUCAAACUGCCUAUAAACCUUUCAGGUCCGAGAGAAAAUGGAACGAGUGGCUUACCCUACCGAUUAAUUGCUCGAAUUUGCCUGUGAGCGCGCAGCUUGCGAUCACAAUCUGGGACCUGUCUCCCACCGGUGGAAAGGAUGCCCAAGGGCAUGCGAUUCCAUUUGGAGGCACUACGCUUCCUCUCUUCGACCAAGAGAAUCAAAUACAGAAGGGCCGGCAAAAAUGCUAUCUCCACCGUCGCAAAGCCGCCGAUGGCCUAGACUCGACAUCAACACCCUCCACCCUCCCCAAGAUACGCCGCGAUGGCGUAGAUAGCAAAGGAACUAUAGAAAUCGUGGAUAAAGAUACCGAUGAACUAGACAGGUUGGAAAAAUUAUUCAAGAAACACGAAAUGGGCGAAAUACCACGAGUUGAAUGGUUAGAUCAAUUGGUCUUUCGGGGACUCGAGAAGCGGGGUUUUCAAGGAUCCAGUACGUCUCUGAAGCAGCGUCGGCGGUCUCGGCUACGAAGCACAACAGCGGCAGCGGGUGGGAAAGAGAAUAUAACCAAUGGCGCGGAGGGCGAAGGUCCUGGUGAUGAUUCGGUCGACGACGAAAUAUUUACCUUGCAUGUGGAACUGCCCCGAUUUGACUUCCCUAUCGUUUUCGCCGACCACGAAUACCCUCCUCCUCCCAUAUCAUCGUUACCAAAUAUCAUGCUCAAACCUCCCCCAGAGGUGCAUUAUGGUCCCGGGAUCAAUGGAUUGAGUGAUAACGACGACAAUGGUUUUGGAGGUCGGCUUGUGCGGGUGUACGACCCCGAAGUCGGCGCAAAAGAUAAUCCUGUGGAAAAUAAACAUCGAAGACUUGUACGAAGUCACCGAACCGGCGUCUUAGAUAAGGAUUUAAAGCCAAACGCUAAGGUCAGGGACGAGCUGAAUGGUAUCAUGGCUUACUCCCCAACACAUAUCCUAUCUCCAGAGGAGAAAGAUCUUUUCUGGAAAUUCCGACAUCAUCUGACACGGGAUAAGAGGGCUCUGACAAAAUUCGUGAAAUCCGUUAACUGGCAGGAUCAAAGUGAGUCACGGCAAGCGGUGCAAAUCCUCACCAAAUGGACAGAGGUGGAUAUCGACGAUGCACUUGAGCUUCUGGGACCAAAUUUCGAUAAUCCUGCGGUUCGAGCUUAUGCGGUUGAUCGAUUACGGAAAGCUGAUGAUGAUGAGCUGUUAUUAUAUCUCUUGCAAUUGGUACAAGCUCUUAAGUUCGAGCAUAUUUCACCUGAUUCAGAUGCCACACAAGAUUCCUCCCUUGCAAGGUUUCUUAUUGCGAGAGCCACGAACAACUUCAUGUUAGGGAACUACUUCCACUGGUAUUUAAUGGUAGAAUGCGAUGAUAAGAGCGAAGACCAAGGAGCCGAAUAUCGCAAGCUGUUCGCAAAAGUAGAAUAUGACUUCAUGAUGGAAUUAAUGAAUCUUCCUGGCGGAGCAGAAACCCGGAAAGUGUUACUUCGUCAAGCGGAGCUUAUCGCAGUUCUGUCAAGGAUAUCCGGAGAUAUCAAAAUAUCACGCGAAUCGAUAUCUAGGAAAGUGGAGAAAGUUAAGCACUUUCUAGCUGACCCAAAGAAUGAGAUUGUUACUAUAGAUCCGCCUCUGCCUUUACCUUUGGAUCCCACGGUCAUGAUAACCGGUAUUGACUCAACCGAAACGCUUGUCUUCAAAUCAUCCCUGUUCCCGAUCAUGGUAACCUUCAAAACACUAACUAAACAAAAGUAUCAAAUCAUCUUCAAGACAGGAGAUGAUCUGCGGCAAGAUCAACUAGUUAUUCAGAUCAUCAUGCUAAUGGAUCGGCUACUUCAGAAGGAAAAUCUGGAUCUGAAGUUAUCGCCGUAUAAGAUCCUGGCAACUGGUGCUACUGCUGGAGCAGCUCAGUUCGUACCUUCAAUGAGCUUGCAAGGCAUUGUCAACAAGUACAAAGGGAAUACUGUCUUGGCAUAUCUUAAAUACAAUAAUCCGGAUGACAAGGCACCAUUAGGAGUUCGAAAAGAGGCUUUGGACAUAUUCAUCAAGUCAUGCGCAGGAUAUUGCGUGAUUACCUAUCUUCUCGGCGUUGGAGAUCGCCAUCUGGACAAUCUCCUCCUCGCCCCAGACGGCCACUUCUUCCACGCUGACUUCGGGUUUAUCCUCGGUCGAGACCCCAAGCCCUUCGCUCCCGCCAUGAAACUCUGUAAAGAAAUGGUCGACGGAAUGGGCGGCCCCUCAUCCGAGCAAUAUCGACAAUUCAAACAAUACUGCUUCACAGCGUACACCACACUCCGCAAGUCGUCAAAUCUCAUCCUCAAUCUGUUCAGUUUGAUGGUGGAUGCAAAUAUCCCUGAUAUCAAACUCGAGCCCGAUAAGGUGGUGCUGAAGGUGAAAGAGAGGUUUCACCUGGAGAUGAGCGAGGAGGAUGCGAUCAGGCAUUUUGAUUCACUGAUUGAGGAUAGUUCAAAUGCUAUUUUCCCUGUGGUUAUUGAUAGGUUGCAUGGGUUUGUCCAACAUUUUAGGGCGUGA